GCUGUCGCCGCCGCUGCCACGUCAGGGGAGUGUCCCGAGGCCAGGCGGGCUGGGCCGGGGCCGGGCUUCCUCCUCAGCCUCUGCCCCCGCUGCCGGAGCUGCUGCGGAGGGAGCGAGCGGUGCCCGCUGCCAUGGAGGCCCGGUACAACCUCAAGAGCCCGGCUGUCAAACGUUUGAUGAAAGAGGCUGCAGAACUGAAGGAUCCUACAGAUCAUUAUCAUGCACAGCCUUUGGAGGAUAACCUUUUUGAAUGGCAUUUCACUGUUAGAGGCCCUCCAGAUUCAGAUUUUGAUGGAGGGAUUUAUCAUGGACGAAUAGUGCUACCACCUGAAUAUCCCAUGAAACCACCCAGCAUUAUUUUGCUGACGGCAAAUGGCAGGUUUGAAGUGGGGAAGAAAAUUUGUUUAAGCAUCUCAGGGCAUCAUCCUGAAACAUGGCAGCCUUCGUGGAGUAUAAGAACAGCUUUACUAGCUAUCAUUGGAUUUAUGCCAACCAAAGGUGAAGGAGCAAUAGGAUCUCUAGAUUACACACCAGAGGAAAGAAGAGCUCUUGCGAAGAAGUCACAAGACUUCUGUUGUGAAAUGUGUGGCACAUCUAUGAAGACAGCCCUCUUACCACUGACAUCUGGAAGUGUGUCAAGCCAAGCGGACAAGGAGGCUAAAGAACUUGCCAGACAAAUUAGCUUCAAGGCAGAGGUCAAUUCAUCCAGGAGGUCUGAUGCUGGACCCUCAAACACAUCAGGACUGAACCACUCUGCUGCUUCACGUGAGCCCCAGCAGGAUGGUGCAGCUAGAGCAUUCCCAGAUCCAGCAAGUGCAACGUAUAGCCUGAAAACUCAGAGUAGCAGUGCAGUGGCUGGGCAGGAGCGUAGUCCAGCUGUGUCCAGCACCACCACCUCGAUGAGCUCCUCGGCAGCGCCGUGCACAGCAGCAGAGCCAGAGACGGGUCCCAACUUCAGCCGACUUCAACCGGGCACAGCAACCGCGAGUCACACCAACCACACGGGCUCAACUGUGCUCAUUGUCCUGCUGACCUUUGCGCUGGCAGCUCUCAUAUUUCGCAGAAUAUGUUUGGCUAAUGAGUAUGUAUUUGAGUUAUAAGGUUGUUUGUCCUAACAGCAGUGACUUGAAUGCUUCACUGAACAUUCUGUAUUGGCUAAGACAUGAGAACUGUUUACAAAGGUUACUUUUUGUAUUUACGCUUAAAUCCUUAUGAAUGUUAAUGUACCUACAGAUACAUGUAAGAAAAGCAAAGUUGGAUGUGUAAACUAUGAGUUUUAAUUGAGUGCCCAGUAGAUACUUGGAGAAACAGUGCAGUGGAAUAGUAACGUUAAGGCAUGUGGGAUGGGACUAAAUUUGAGUAAUUUAUAAACUAGAAAAAGAUGAUUUUUUAAAAUGGUUGGUAAAAUUUUUAUGGGGCAUGAAUACCCUUAUAAGUACCCCAUCUAAGUUAGUAUAAGAUUUGUCUUUGGAGAAGAAAUUA